GUGGUCAAUGGUCUAACCGCUAAGGUAUGCAAAACAUAAGAGUACGCCCCCCUCCCAUCCACCCGUCUUGGCUCAAUUCGCUGCUUCUCCUUCCCUUCCUGGUAGAGGAAUAUCCGGACGUCAUCCACAAGGGGUGUGGUCAUCCAGGUUGCAUCAAGCGACCGUCGUUUGGCAACGACGGCAGCACGAAGGCGGAGUUCUGUUCUCAGCACGCGUGGAAGGGUAUGGUCAAUGUCGUGAGCAAGAGGUGCGGCGACCCCUGGUGCAUGAAGCAUCCCACAUAUGGGCAACCUGGCAGCAAGAAGGCGGAGUUCUGUUCUCAGCACGCGUGGAAGGGUAUGGUCAAUGUCGUGAGCAAGAGGUGCGGCGACCCCUGGUGCAUGAAGCAUCCCACAUAUGGGCAACCUGGCAGCAAGAAGGCGGAGUUCUGUUCUCAGCACGCGUGGAAGGGAAUGGUCAAUGUCGUCAGCAAGAGGUGCGGCCACCCCGGGUGCAGGAAGUACGCGGCAUAUGGUGACGCCGGCAGCAAGAAGGCUGAGUGCUGUUCUCAGCACGCGAGGGAGGGAAUGGUCAAUGUCGUCAGCAAGAGGUGCGGCCACCCGGGGUGCGUGAAGUACUCAGCAUAUGGUGACGCCGGCAAGAAGGCGGAAUUCUGUUCUCAGCACGCGAGGGAGGGAAUGGUCAAUGUCGUCAGCAAGAGGUGUUGCCACCCGGGGUGCAUGAAGCAUCCCACUUUUGGUCAACCUGGCAGCAAGAAGGCGGAGUUCUGUUCUCAGCACGCGUGGAAGGGAAUGGUCAAUGUCGUCAGCAAGAGGUGCGGCCACCCCGGGUGCAUGAAGUAUCCCACAUAUGGUCAAUCUGGCAGCAAGAAGGCUGAGUGCUGUUCUCAGCACGCGUGGAAGGGAAUGGUCAAUGUCGUCAGCAAGAGGUGCGGCCACCCGGGGGGCGUGAAGUACUCAGCAUAUGGUGACGCCGGCAAGAAGGCGGAAUUCUGUUCUCAGCACGCGAGGGAGGGAAUGGUCAAUGUCGUCAGCAAGAGGUGCGGCCACCCCGGGUGCAGGAAGUACGCGGCAUAUGGUGACGCCGGCAGCAAGAAGGCUGAGUGCUGUUCUCAGCACGCGAGGGAGGGAAUGGUCAAUGUCGUCAGCAAGAGGUGCGGCCACCCGGGGUGCGUGAAGUACUCAGCAUAUGGUGACGCCGGCAAGAAGGCGGAAUUCUGUUCUCAGCACGCGAGGGAGGGAAUGGUCAAUGUCGUCAGCAAGAGGUGCGGCCAUCCCGGGUGCAUGAAGCAUCCCACAUAUGGUCAACCUGGCAGCAAGAAGGCGGAGUUCUGUUCUCAGCACGCGUGGAAGGGAAUGGUCAAUGUCGUCAGCAAGAGGUGCGGCCAUCCCGGGUGCAUGAAGCAUCCCACAUAUGGUCAACCUGGCAGCAAGAAGGCGGAGUUCUGUUCUCAGCACGCGUGGAAGGGAAUGGUCAAUGUCGUCAGCAAGAGGUGCGGCCAUCCCGGGUGCAUGAAGCAUCCCACAUAUGGUCAACCUGGCAGCAAGAAGGCGGAGUUCUGUUCUCAGCACGCGUGGAAGGGAAUGGUCAAUGUCGUCAGCAAGAGGUGCGGCCACCUCGGGUGCAUGAAGUAUCCCACAUUUGGUCAACCUGGCAGCAAGAAGGCGGAGUUCUGUUCUCAGCACGCGUGGAAGGGAAUGGUCAAUGUCGUCAAAAAGAGGUAAGACCAUCCAGGGUUCACCACGCACCCGUCGCAUAGCAAAGGCGGCAGAAUAAGCAAGCCUUCUGCGAAAGGCACUUCAAAGCGAGAAAUGGUGCUUAUAGAUCGGACCGAAUAGCAGAUAUCGCAGCUUGACGAGUAGCUCGCUGUGAGCUGUCGUUUCGGAUCUCAAAUGCGUUGGAGAGUGUGGGAUUUUGCCAUUGGCAAUUGCUCAAGCUUCCGACCGUGGGCGCGGCUCGUGUUGCCCAGUGGGCUUCAUGAUCAAGUGCAAGCGUCCGACCCAUGUCGGUGUUCCCGUUGCCCAGUGAGAUUUGUGAUCGAUGUGAUCUUUCCCGUUUGGAUGUCGUUCAGAAGAUUCGCUCAGGUAGCAAAGCGGUGUCUACUCGCGCACAACGUCUAUGAGGUCUUCCUUUUUUGUUUCUUCCACAAAUUGAAUUGAUGGGGGCGGAUGGGGCUACGCAAAGAGACUGCUUGCGACUGUUGCAGUACGUAAGGAUGGUGCCGGGAGGGUAGGGAGACACCUGUUGGUCACGAACCGAGUAGGAGUGCAGAAUCUGGAACAUUCGGUAACAUCUAGGGAACAACAACGUGGAAACAUUCUACAGAAGACGCACAUACAUGGAAUUUGCAUAUCGAGCGGGAGGGAGGAGCGGUAGAAUGUCCACCGUAGUGCUUACAGUACCGAAGGAGUUCCACUAGAAUGAUGGUCCCAUAAUAGUUUUGGUUAAUGUUGUGAAGAUUUAUUCGCAUGAGUCCGGUUACGAGGUCGUACUGGAUGCUCCUCGCAGGAUACCUAGCACAAAGAUUCUUCAAUUUCUGGAGGGCGGUGCAUGAGCAGUGUGGAAGGUUACACACGAUACGGUCACUAUAUCAAAAAUCUCAUGUACCACGCGAGUAGAUGAUUAUGAUGUGUU